GCCCACCAUCGCAUCUGCUUCAUAUCCGCGCCAUGCUCGAGCUCAGUCUGGUCGUCGCCGCUGAAAAAUCCACCUUGGGGAUCGGCGUGGACAACCGCCUGCCCUGGCGGCUGCCAUCGGAUAUGAAGCAUUUUCUCGCCCUGACGACAGGCGGCUACGGAUCGGCUGUCGCUCCAGGCCCACGCAGCGCCGACAGUCUCGACAACGUCGUGGUCAUGGGUCGACGGACGUGGGAAUCGAUUCCGGCAAGGUUCCGCCCGCUGACUGCCAGACUCAACGUUGUGCUCUCGAGUGAUCCAGAGUUCCAGUCCAAAACCGAGUUGCCUCCGCAGGUCCAUGUCUCUGGCUCUUUCGACAGCGCCCUCGAGUAUAUCGAGUCGCUUGGCAUCUACCGCAAUGUCUGGAUCAUCGGUGGCUCCAGCGUAUACGCGGCCGCCCUGAGCCAUCCGCAAUGCGCCCGCAUCUUCCUAACCCAAGUCACGCCGCUUGGACAAGCGAUCCGAUUCGACACCUUCUUCCCCGCCAUUCCGGAGGAUCGCCUGCGCCUGGCCUCGGACGACGAAUUCAGCUUGGCUGCCCCGGGCGCACCGCAGACGCCGAUCACCGAGAACGGAUUCGAGUUUGCAUACAAGCUCUAUGUGAGGAUCUAGACAAUGGCGCAUGCUCGGAGGUGGUGACGAGGUCGACGUCAAGUUUGUCUUGGAAGGCACGGCCGUGAAAACACAGAGGCUGAUCUCAGAGCGAUUGGCUCGCACAUGAAGGUGUUUUGGUUGUGUCAGUGUCCAGCCGAUGGGCCGUAAUGCAUCGAGAGCAAACCCCGGGCAGGGUGGACUGACAGCAUGCCGAUUGCCGUCAGCGAACGAUUGCGGCAGUGGGAUAUCGACGGAAAGAUGGGCACAAUGUGACAAGCAGCACUAGAGCAGUAAAGCGAGCCACAUUACAGCGUUUCCAAAAUGAAAUGGGACACCCCCGUUUUUUGUGCAUGACUGUGUGGUUUUCUGGAACCUGAAUACACCCACCCACUCAUCGCAUUCA